UAAAUAUUAAUCUAUAAAUUUAUCGAGUAAAGUAUUUCUGAUAUAUCCUCUUCUUCUCGGCUGCCGCCUAGCAGACCGCUCAACCCUUCCCUCCGGCAGUUUCGCGACCAACCACCGCUCUUCCGCGUUUAUUCCUUUCUGACGAUAAAGAUGCCAAAAGUAAAGACAAGCCGAGUUAAAUACCCAGAAGGCUGGGAGUUAAUUGAGCCUACGCUUCGCGAACUCCAAGCCAAGAUGAGGGAAGCUGAGAAUGAUCCACAUGACGGCAAAAGAAAGUGUGAGACUUUGUGGCCUAUAUUUAAAAUUGCACACCAGAAGAGCCGCUACGUAUAUGACCUCUACUAUAGGAGAAAGGAGAUUUCUAAAGAAUUGUAUGAAUUCUGUUUAGACCAAGGAUACGCUGACCGCAAUCUAAUUGCAAAAUGGAAGAAGCCUGGUUAUGAACGCCUAUGUUGCUUGAGGUGCAUGCAACCACGCGAUCACAAUUAUGCCACGACUUGUGUUUGCAGAGUGCCCAAGCAUCUCAGGGAGGAGAAGGUUAUAGAAUGUGUUCACUGCGGUUGUAAGGGUUGUGCAAGCGGGGAUUAAUCAGACCUCGAUUCUAUUAUCCGGAGGGUUUGUUGGAAUCAUCCACCUUGUAUUACUGUUUACUAACUUCACAAGAGGCUAUGCGCUGGGAAGAUUUAGUUAAUUAUUACAUUAUCUGCAUCGUUCCAAACCUGACUAGAGUUUUGUAAUAUUUGGUGUAGAAUAAUUGAACAACUUGUAAUACUUUUUUCCCCCUUGUAUUAUUUAUGAUUAUAUGUUAGACUUCUUCUGCCUUUGCCCAA